AUCCACUGUUCACUGAGAGAGAGAGAGAGAGUCUGUGACUCUGUGUGUGCGUCUCUGCCACAUGCCUAUAGUAUAAGUGAAGAGCUCCCCCAACGGAUCUUUUCCUUUUAUCAGCUCCUCCUCCUCGUGACCUACUCUCUGCACUGCAUAAAAUCCAUCCUCUCUUAUCCCUCUUUCUUUUUUCUUUUUUCUUUUUUUUUUUUUUUUAAUUUUUGGUACUCAUACAUACUCUUUCGUUUCCUUAUUGGGUUACUUUCCUACCUAAGAUAUUUCUCAUUCCUUUAACCCAAAACCCAAUCUCUUUCUAGUUUUCAUUUCUGGGUACCCUGCUUUAUUAGAGGAUUUUGCAUCCUCUGCUUUUUCAACAUAUACAGAGACAGAGAUGGAGAGAAACCUCUGGGUUUUCCAGUUUUUUUUUUUUUUUUAAUUAAAUUUUCAUGAAUUCACUUUUCGAAAAAGGUUUUUUUUUUAAUUGGGUUCUAGUGUGUUCCUCUAUUUAACUUAAACUAUAAUUCUUGGCUUUUUCCUCGCUCCAUAUUAUUAUUAUUAUUUAAAAGAAAACUUUAAUUGCCUGUAGUUUAAGGGUUUAGGGUUUUGUACUUUCUAUUUUUUCCUCCUUAUUUUCCUUCCCAAUUAUCUGUAAAACAAGUGUAGCAAGUUUGAGCUCUUUCAGGUAUUGGGUCUCUAAAUUACUGUCUGAUUCCCAAAUGAAUUUGCUUCAGAGUUGAAAUUGGUUUUCACGGGUUUGGUCUCUUCUUGCUCUUGGAAUUGUACCUGCUCAAUCUCUCUGUAAUGAAAACCCUGAAUUCAAUCUGAUUUUUGGGUUCUAGACCUCCAACUGCUAUUGGUUUCAUUCAUUUCACUAGCGUCUGAAUUAAAUUCAAUCUAAAAUUUCAGAGAAAGUCCUCCAAUUUUUAGUGAUUUUCCUCAAUUCCAAUCUGAAAUUUGGGGUCCACAAAUAUGUCUUCGUGUUUAACCGGAGGGGGUGGAAGAACCUAUGCACUGGACCUAGAAAUCGUGAAAUCCCCAUCGACGACGUCAACAUGGACAUCUCACACUCACACAUCUUCGUCUUCGUCUUCUUCUUCUUCGACUCUCUCCGAGUCCAGCAAUUCCCCACUUGCAAUCUCAACCCGAAAGGCCCGAACCCCACGAAAGCGGCCUAACCAGACAUACAACGAAGCCGCAGCACUCCUCUCCACGGCCUAUCCCAACAUCUUCUCAACUAAAAACCUCACAAAGCCUCGCAAGUUCACUAAGCAACACGACUACUACUCUGUCUUUGAUGAGUCCUCGGAGUUGUUGCUGCCCUUUCGAGUCAUCGACAGCUCUGGUUUCUUGCUCCACCAACCAAUCCUAGAAGAAAAACCCAUUUCACAAUUCCAAUCCUCCAAGGUCUCAAAGCCAGGGGAAGUCGAUUUCCAUUUCCAUGGCCAUGGGCAUGGGAAUUCUACGGAAUUGUGUUGUGAUGGGAAUGGGAAUGGGAAUGGGUACGAGUAUGAGGAGGAUUUCGAUGCGGGAUCGAUUCUGGAUGAGGAGAUUGAGGAGGGAAUUGAUAGUAUAAUGGGGAAUUUGAGUGUAGAUUCCAGUGCCGAAGUAGCAGAUGAGUGGAAGGGUCCUCGGCGGGCAUUGGCAAUGAAUAAUUGUUGGAAUUCCAAUGUCAAUUUGGGUUUUGGCGGGAAAUUUAAUAUGAGAGCAUUGAGGCAUGUUGAAGCAGAAGAAGAAGAAGAAGAAGAAAUAAACUGGUGGAGUUGUCCUAAUCCCAUUGUGGAUGUGCGUCAAAUCUCACCCAGAUUCCACAACGCUGUUUCUCCUUCUUCGGUUUUGACAGAAGAGAAGAAGAAGAAGAAGAAGAAGAAGAAAAAGAAGUUGGAAAACCUCGAGGACCUUGUGGCUGUGGAUACUGAGAUUUCAGAUUCAGUUCCAAAACCCAACUCCGGGUUGCUCUUGAAAUUGAAUUUCGAUGAGGUUUUGAACGCUUGGUCCGACCGAGGUUGUCCAUUUUCGGACCAAAUUCCUCCAGGCUCCGAAUUCCCAGGAAAUGAUGUCUAUGCGAGAGCAGCGCAGAUAGACUUAUUUUCGGAGAGUGGGGGGUUGAGAGAAGCCAGCGUGCUUCGCUACAAGGAAAAGCGGCGUACACGCCUCUUCUCUAAGAAGAUUAGAUACCAAGUCAGAAAAGUGAACGCUGAUAGACGGCCCAGAAUGAAGGGGCGCUUUGUUAGGAGGCCAAAUUCUAGCGCAAAUGGUCAAAGAUGAAAAGUAAAAGGCAUGACUUCUGGGUUGUGAGUUGUGACUUGUGAUCCUCACCACUUUUUGUUAUUUGAUUACCGUUUCUCACAUAAAGAAGUUCGGGAGAUGAAGACUAUUUAAGAAGAGGAGCAUACAGAAGUAGUCCAAGUACAUUUAGCCUAGGUUUUCUUUUUCGCAUUUCUCUUUGUUUUCUAGUCUUUGGAAGAUGCUUUAGUUUCAACUUUGUUCCAAAGUCAUAAAUACCUUUUAGUAGGUAUAGAGAUUUUGUUGGAUUCAAUAGUAGCACAAAAGUGAAGGAAAAUCUUUAAUUGGAUUCAAAUUUCAAAGCCACAA